UAAAUUCUUUAUAGGAGACUUUGCGGAACUUUCUAUGAACUGCAAGAAUCUUCCAAAUUAUGAUAUAAAAUUUCUUUGUAAAACUAGAGAUAUAGCCUAUUGGAUUAUUCAUGAUCUCUUCUUCGAAUUACGUAUAUUUAAAUAAAUCUUAUAUACUAUUUUGCCAAGCAAUAUGUAACAAAAUUAUGUAUUACAAAAUUAGCUUUUUGUGUACAAUGAACUAAACCGAAGAUAAAAUUCUUUUGGGUCUUAAAAAAUCGUUGUUUUUGUUACAUUAAAAUUGUAUCGUAGUUCUAUCGCCAGACUCAACAUUAUAAUAAAAUCUCUAUGAAAUUCUCAAAAUAGUAUAAACCGAUUACUAUAUAUUAGAUUACUCAAAAAAGAUUCAAAUGAUGCUGAAAUAUUUAACAUUUCUUUAUUCGUAGGAACUAACGCAAAGUAUUAAAAUUAUAUAUUAAACGUACAAUGAAUAAUUAUACAUAUCCGAAGAAAAACCGACUUGAUUCACUAUUUGUGUGUUACCACUCCUGAGUGACAAGACUCUGGAGAGUAGCCAGGAUUCGCAAAACCGUACACAGGCUUCCGUACAUCCGUGCACAGCUGCUCUCCGUACAUCCUACCGACAUUUCCUCAAAGAAAAUGAAAUAUGACAACGGCAGAGGAAUGGCCCCGUUGGCGGCUCCGCGAAUCAAUCGAAUCGCUCAACGUCGAAUCUCGUUUCCCGUUCGUCUCUUGUCAAGCUUCCUUCCGCCUGUCUUGGCCUUCACUCCGGUCCUUGCGCUCUGCGCGCGGAAUGUCAGAUCCGCAGACCGAGCGGAUUUACUGCGCCCAGCAAAUAAACAUACCGCCGACGUUUCCACGGAUUCUCAAGCACUACGCAAAGGCGGCGAUCCGCACGCAGCCUCACGAUCUUCUGCGAUGGACCGCCGCGUAUUUCCGCGCCCUGGCGAACGGAGAGGUGCCCCCGGCGAAAGAGAGACUGGAAUAUCCGCCCUUUGCACACCCUUCGGGCAUCACGCCCGGCUACCUGAGAACCUUACUCAACCGAUACGGUCACGUGGACAAGGUCUCGCUGAGGGCCCUUCUGCAGGACUGGCAAGGGCUGGACCUGCCCGAGACGAGGCUUUAUCAGCUCUUCGUGGUCGCCGGUUUAUCGGAUAAAGAAUACUGUGACUUCUAUCGAUUCCUCGCCGUUGCCUGCGGAUUUUUAGGAAACAAUCUGCUCGAGACGAUGAUAUACGUGUGCGAGUUACUGACGCGCGAGCCGGAAGGCGGCUCGGCCAUGGUACCUCUGAGGAUUUUCUUGGAUCUCUACGGAUAUCUGGCGGAUCUCGAUUGCAGCGGCAACCUUCUUCGCCACUGCAAAGUCGGACCCGGUGCAGAGAAGCCGUUUGCCUCGGAGCUGUCGUCCGGCACGAUCGAUUCAACGACGAAGGCCCGCAGCUGCGACGUCGACACUCGCGAAACGCCUGAUGAUUCAUCGGAGUUUAACUUUGAAGACGUGGAGCAAGCGAUCGACUACGACGAGACAACGACCGCAUCGAUCGAUCUCGAGAGCUCGUUGGAGAAGACUUGUCGAUGCGAACCUGAAAGCGACCCGAUACCGCCGGAUCCGCUGAAGGAGUUCUGGAACAGGAUGCGGGAGGAAGUGGAGGCGGGACGUCUGGAUGUGAUCUUCCGAGUACCUGGGAUCGGUCCGCCGGUAUCGGUCGACCGUGUAACAGCCAUUGGACUAUGGCUGGCUGAUUGUGCUCGUCGUCAGGAAGGUCUGGUCGGCCCGCGAAAUAUCCGGCACUUCCUCUGCCCGAAUCUCGACGAUGCUUUGGAGUGCGAUUGCACGCAAGCAGCGUGAAUCACUCGAUACUCCCGAAGUAUCUCAACACUGUGUUGCUAGCGAUACCGGAAUACGAUGGGAGCGGUUGAUAAGUGCUGUUUAAUGAACCGCGAAUUCUCUAUGAGGCUUUAUGUAAUAUACGUUGGUGAUGCUGCAUGAAAGAUUAAACGGAAAAAUGGAUGUAAAAA